UGCAGCGGAAAUAACUAACGGAGAAAACCGGGUAACAUGGCGAAGCCUGGCCACGCUACUCCACCUAGUCCUCUCUUGCGGAAGCAACAACCCACUCGACCGUCUAUCCCGGUGGCAGGGAGGGAGGCCAAGUCACACCAUCAACCAAAUCAAGGAGGUUUGAGGGCUCCAUGGCCAUGGGAAGGGAUCCUCGCUGCUGCCAUGGGAGAAGAGAAGAGAGGGAUGGCUCCACAGCAGCGCACCAAGGAGAGCCCGAGCAGAGGAGAGAUGGCGUGGGGGAAGAGAAGGGAGAGGGCAGGGGCUGCCAUUUAUAGGGCCAAGCUUUGGACAUGUCAGACUGCACCAACAGGUGGCAGGUGCUGCAGUGACGACCUUGGACGACGUGUUUCGGCAUUUUUCGCUUGGAAUCGGAUCUUGGUUGCUGCACAAAAUAUCUUCCUUGAUCUAUACUCUACAAUUAUUGUAAAGGACUUAGAGAGUUAUAGAUCCACAAAAAUUGGUUUGUCACUGGGUUAGAAAACAGUGGAAACUUGUGAAAACGGAAUGUCAAAGCAUGUCAAACGGAAUCGGAUGAAUGCGAUCUUUUAAUA